UGACUCCCCCCACCACACUGACACGGCUCCGCACGCCAAAAGCCCCCUCUCCUAUUCUCCUUCGUCUCUUCCAUUCCAAGAACCCUCGAGGCGGCGCCGCGCCUUUGCCAUUGCAGGAUUCUCUAUAGAUUUUGAGAUUGGAGUGCAGUAGGGGAUUUGUGGGAGGGGAGCGGUGGGAUCAGGUGGGUCGCCGGGGGAGGGGCGGCGGGGCGAGAUGAGCAUGUACGGGAGGGACCCGUGGGGCGGGCCGCUGGAGAUAUGCCACGACUCGGCGACGGACGACGACCGGAGCCGGAACCUGGACCUGGACAGGGGCGCGCUCUCGCGGACGCUCGACGAGACGCAGCAGAGCUGGCUGCUGGCGGGGCCCGGGGACCAGGCGCGCAAGAAGAAGUACGUCGACCUCGGGUGCCUCGUCGUCAGCCGCAAGCUCUUCGUCUGGACGGUAGGGGUGCUCGUCGCCGCCGCGGCGUUUGCGGGGAUUGUGGCCGGAAUCGCCCAGGCCAUCCCCAAGCACCACCCCCAGCCGCCGCCGCCAGACGAGUACACCGUCGCGCUGCGCAAGGCGCUCAUGUUCUUCAAUGCCCAGAAAUCCGGUAAACUGCCGAAGCACAACAAUGUACCAUGGCGUGGCGACUCGUGUUUGAAGGAUGGGAGCUCGGACCAAGCAUUCCGGCGAGAUCUCUCUGGUGGGUAUUAUGAUGGCGGCGAAGCUACAAAGUACAACUUUCCAGCUGCCUUCUCCAUGACCCUCCUCAGCUGGAGCGUCAUUGAGUACAGUGCUAAGUACGAGGCUGCUGGGGAACUUGGCCAUGUCCGUGACACCAUUAAGUGGGGGGCCGACUACUUACUUAAGACCUUCAACUCCACGGCUGAUACCAUAGAUCGCUUGGUUGCACAGGUGGGUAGUGGUGCAGUUUCACCCGGGUCGACUCAACCCAAUGACCGUUAUUGUUGGAUGAGGCCAGAAGACAUUGACUACCCACGCCCAGUGGUCGAAUGCCGUGCUUGCCCUGAUCUUGCUGCUGAGAUGGCUGCAGCAUUGGCUGCUGCAUCCAUUGUAUUCAAGGAUAAUAAGGCUUACUCACACAAACUGGUACAUGGUGCUACCACCCUCUGGAAAUUUGCAAGGGAUAGAGGUAAACGCGGGAUGUAUAAUGCAGGCAUUUCAGACGCUACAAAGUUCUACAAUUCAACCAACUACUUUGAUGAAAUCGUGUGGGGUGGUUCAUGGAUGUACCUUGCGACUGGGAAUACAUCAUACCUUGAGCUCGCAACGAAUCCCACGCUUGCAAAGAAUGCUGGCGCGUACAAGCUUGAUCAGCACACUGGUGUCUUCAGCUGGGAAAAUAAGCUCCCUGGUGCACAGGUUCUUCUAAGCCGGUUAAGGCUCUUCUUGAGUCCCGGGUAUCCAUAUGAAGAGAUGUUGAGGACGUUCCACAAUCAAACUUGCAUUAUGAUGUGCUCUUACCUUCCAGUUUUUAAAUCUUUCAAUAGAACAAAGGGUGGUUUGAUACAAUUGAAUCAUGGGAAUCCCAAACCUCUCCAGUAUGUGGUAAAUGCUGCAUUCCUUGCUUCUGUGUUCAGUGACUAUCUUGAUGCUGCAGAUACACCUGGGUGGUAUUGCGGCCCCCAUUUCUACUCGGUUGAGGUCCUUCGAAGUUUUGCAAGAACUCAGAUCGAGUACAUCUUAGGCAAAAAUCCUUUGAAGAUGAGCUAUGUGGUUGGGUAUGGAAACCAUUACCCCAAGCAUGUUCAUCACCGUGGUGCGUCGAUCCCAAAGAAGAAAGGCGUUCAUUAUGGCUGCAAAGAAGGGUGGAAGUGGAGGGACUCCAAGAAGCCCAACCCUCACAUCGUUGUUGGAGCUAUGGUUGCCGGCCCAGAUCGCCAUGACCGCUUCAAAGAUGUCCGCAAGAACUACAACUACACAGAAGCAACCCUAGCAGGCAAUGCCGGUCUGGUUACAGCAUUGGUAGCGCUGUCAGGUGAAGCUCACGGGUUGGACAAGAACACUAUGUUCUCUGCUGUUCCUCCGAUGUUCCCUUCGCCCCCGCCACCUCCAGCACCAUGGAAACCAUGAUUGCUGCGAGUAUCUAGUUAGACCAGUAUUCUAGCUCUUCCUUUCUUGGAUACUGUUGUGUUAAUCUAGCGGUGAAGAAGACCACAUGCCGUUUACUAUUUUCAUUUUUUUAGUGUAGUAUAUUUGUGUAGUAUAAUCACCGUGCUAUAUUGCUAUAGGAGACCAUCUAUGUUGGGAGUGUCCAUUUCUCAAUCGCCUAAGAAAUAGUUAUUUCUCAGUCAACAAUCGUAGCCAUUUAAGCAAGAUUUUCUUAUCCA